GAUCCUCUCUUUGCAAACCUCCAGUGGUACUUAUUGCUAACCUUUUAGAGAGCACUGUGAUAAGGACACCCUCCAGCGGUCUGUGCUGUUUAACCCGGACUACUUAAGAUGAAGCUCUUAAGAGUUCUUGCAUGUGGAUUCAGUGGAAAAGAUUAUUUUUAUAUUUGCAGAAGAGCUGUUACUAUAAUCUGCAGUGCAUGACAUUUCCAUGAACUGAUGAUUGUGUUCUUGAGUGGGGAAUCACAGAAUAAUUUAAAUAUUAACUGUGAUCUGUGCUGUGAUUAUUUAGGCUGGUAUAGUUUGGAAUUAGGUGAAACCAAAACGGCCCUAGAAAACAACACACACUUUUUUAACUGGACUUUUGACUCUAUACCUUCUAGUUAGGUACUGUGUCCUUGUGUGACAACUUGCCCCAGUCUCAUUUCAUGCAGGCAUUAGAGAUUCCUCAUGUGUUGUCUAAAAUCUCCUCUGACCAAUGACCACUAGCUUUACUAUUACAGAACAAGAAAACAAAUGCAACACGUAGACAAAUACAGUGUGAGGUUUGCACAUUCAGUAGAUAUAGCGUACUGCAAGGAACUAGUUUAACGUGAUAUAGGCCUACAUGCUGGCGUUUUGCUCACUGGAUGAAUUGUUUACUUCACAAUAAUGAAAAGUGCUCAAACAACGUUUUUUUCCUCCCGUGGAUUCGUUGCAGUGAGUGUCUGAAUACACUCAAUCCAAACCUCUGCUUCAAAAUCUCACGCGCAUCUCGAAGACGCCGUGACGGACGGACACGGUGACGUUUUAUUGUAAGCGCCCACCGUUCAUUUGAAGAAAUAAAGCGCUAUUGUCACUCGUGCUGAAGCCCAGUUGUCAGAUCGCACACUGACUCGAUAUUUAGCGAGAUAUGCGUUUACCAAAAAUCGUUUUUGACUCUUGGAUAUGGCUAUGAUCAUUCAUAACGAUCUCAUACGGGUAUGUUGGUAAUUUCUCUCUCUACGGCUUAUCGUAGCUACACUGUUUAGACAUUAUUAUUAGAAUUCAGUUGCAUAUUUUAUAACCCAAUGCUCGCGAAAUAUUGUAUAAAACCCGUAUUAUUUUAUGUUCGUCUAUUCACACGGCUAGUGAAAUGAAGUUGAGUUGUGAGACGCGAGAUGAGUCGCCGUCACUGUCGUAUCGCUCCAUCAAUGACACCGUAUAUGAGAUCUGUACGGUGUAAUCGAAAUUAUGCCAAAUCUGCCAUGUGCAGUCCUGUAUGGGGUAUUUUAUUAUUGCGAACGAUCUCCGUCCAGCGUUUUUUAAAAUAUGUUUUGCGUUUUCGAUCAUUUUGAGGGACUGGAGAAAACUCGCGAGUUAAUCAUGUUGGUCACAACAUCAUAACGCUCGAGCAUUGUUCACCAAUAACGUGCGCGCGGCGAGACCAGAGCCGAAGGAUUCGCGUGGCGCCUCAGAUAUGAAUGAUGAUGGAGGCGGAUAACGCGGAGAGCUGGUUUCCUCUGUCAGAAAACGGAAGCACAAGUUUAAACGCAUCUAACCUGGGGUUCCUAAACGCGUCGUCUCCGGUGGGUCUGUGGGGUGAUGCUCAGGAUAAAGAGGUGACACAACUGGAGGAGAUCCUGCACGCGCAGGAAAGAGCCUACAAAGAUUUCACUACCACCAUUCAAGUUUUCAUCCUCAUCGGCUCCCUUUUGAGCAAUGCUGCAGUGCUGUGGUGUACUUGUUACACCAAUGUCUUCAAAUCUGUCACAAAUCUCUUCAUCAAGAACCUGGCAUGUUCUGGGAUUUGUGCUGGGUUGGUGUGUGUGCCCUUUGACAUAGCCUUGAGCGCCAGUCCACUAUGCUGCCUAUGGGUCCAUACACUCCUGCUGUGCAAAGCCAUCAAGUUCCUACACAGGCUUUUCUGCUCUGCCACUGUGCUCAGCUUUGCUGUCAUCGCCCUGGAUAGGUACUACUCAGUGUUGUAUCCUCUGGAGAGAAAGAUAUCAGAUGCCAAAUCCAGAGACCUGGUUAUCUACAUCUGGGUACAUGCGGUGGUGGCCAGUGCCCCUGUUUUUGCCAUAAGCAAUGUGACGGAUGUCUACGCCACCUCUUCCUGUUCUGAUGGCCAAUCACUUGGACAUCUGGUUUACAUGAUCACAUACAGUAUCACCACACUCAUUUUGCCACUAGCAGUGGUGUUUCUAGCCAUGGCACUAAUCCGCCGCGCACUAAGCACCAGCCAGAAGAAGAAAGUGAUCAUUGCAGCACUGCGCACCCCACAGAACGGCAUUUCCAUCCCGUAUGUGUCUCAGCGCGAGGCUGAACUUCAUGCCACUCUGUUAUCCAUUGUUCUAGUCUUUGCACUGUGCAGCAUUCCCUAUGCUGCUCUGGUCAUAUACCGUUCAGUGCUUGGAGCUGCUAAAGCCUCGUCUUGGUUACAACUGACCGCCGUGUGGCUGCCAAAGGUCUCUCUUCUCACCAACCCACUGUUUCUUCUCACAGUAAACCGCUCUGUGCGGCGUUGCCUUCUUGAUAUGCUAGUACGCUUGCAUCGACGCUAUAGCCGAAGAAACAUGGUCAGCAUUGGGGGUCUGGCUGAAGGAGGGCCACUAGAGGGCGAUACUGGGGUUCGCUCUGGUAGUCAACUCCUGGAGAUGUUCAAUAUCGGCCAACAACAGAUCUUCAGACCAAACGAGGACGAAGAAGAUGAGAAUGACAUUUCCUCUGUGGCCUCUGCCAACAUUCAACCCAAAGAUGAAGGACAGGGUGGAAAUGGAGGGGUGGCAAGAGAGCUGCGUCAGCCGCAGUCAGGGGACGUGAAAAAAGAAGAGGGCUUAGUGUUACCAAAACAUUCUCCUAUUCAGUCAUGUGCCUAUUCCUCUUCACAGGUCGCCCCGGUGACUCCCACAGACCCCGAGGAUACAACACAGUUUGGUUUUGGGCCAUUUGAGUUGCCUCCACAGUGGCUACCUGAAACCAGGAACAGUAAGAAAAGACUCCUUCCUCCCCUGGGUAACACACCAGAGGAGCUGAUCCAGACCAAGCAGCCCAAAGUUCGGCCCGAGAGACGCAUCAGUAGAAACAAUAAAGUUAGUACCUUCCCCAAUGUAGAUCCAUGAAAAAGAGUGCAGUAGACCAAAUCGUAAAAAGCCAAAAAUGAAGAUUGGUUGUGUUUUAUAUCUAAAGUUAUUUUGACAUGAUCUUCUAUGUGAGUGCAGAACAAUGAAGGACAUGGAGAGUAUUUGUUUACAGUAGAAAGUAGGAGGGGUUUACAUGCUCUCAUGCUGUCUAUUUGGACAAUUUAAUAGAUAUCCCUUCAUCUACUGACAACAAGAAAUUGAUCUUUCAGAGGAAAUUCAAGAAAAAACAUAAGGUAGGCAUGGACUGUAUGACAUUUGUUUUGUUGGAAUGGUCAAUAAAAUUACAAUCACAAUCAAUUUUUUGUAGAUACGUUUGCUGUGUUGAAUUUGACUAAUGUGCCCUGCUUUACUUUUAUUUACCAUAAUCUAUCUCACAUAGCUUGAACAGCUAGUUAAAAAACGAAUGUAUUGCACUCAAAAUUAAAAUAUUAUUAAUUAUAAAUGAACUUUCAUGUACACUACCAUUAGAAAGUUUUUUUUAUGUUUUUGAAAAUGUCCUAAUGCAUCUCACAUGUAUGCAAAGCGUGUGCAAAGAUUUCUUACAUGACAGUUAUUUGAAGAAAAAAAAACCUUCUCUUUCAAUCUUAUCUGUCCAAUUGUAAAAUAAAUAUUAGGUAUUUAAAAAGGUUCUUAAAUGCUGACGAUAAAGGGACACAUCUAUUUCAUGUCAUUGGUUCAUUAAAUCUCUUCUUGACCAAUAUUCAGUAUAUACAAAUAUCUAUCUUCAUUAAACACAUUUUCACUCAGUUAAUCACCUUUCAUGGCAAAAGCAAAGCUAAAGAUUAAGCACUUGCAUGUGACUGAAAGGGAAAUAAAAUGUAUUCAAGAA